GUGGCCGAGGCGGUUCCACUGGCUGGUGUGUAUGCGACGGUCAACUCCCGGUGCUCGGCUGCUGCCGCCCGCUACCUUAGCCUCGACGCCAGCUGCGGCCUGGCCGCCGCCGGAACAUGGACCCCGCCGGCCAAGAUAUCAACCUGAAUUCUCCUAACAAAGGUCUGCUGUCUGACUUCUUGACUGAUGUCCCUGUGGACACAGGUGUGACUGCCCGGCCUCCUGCUGUUGAGGGCCUGACGGAGGCUGAGGAGGAGGAGCUCAGGGCCGAGCUCGCCAAGGUGGAAGAGGAAAUUGUCACUCUGCGCCAGGUCCUGGCAGCCAAGGAGAGGCACUGUGGAGAGCUGAAGAAGAGGCUGGGCCUCUCUGCCUUGGGGGAGCUGAAGCAGAACCUGUCCAGGAGCUGGCAUGAUGUGCAGGUCUCUAACGCCUAUGUGAGAACUUCUGAGAAACUUGGAGAGUGGAAUGAGAAGGUGACGCAGUCGGACCUCUACAAGAAAACUCAGGAAACUCUCUCGCAGGCAGGACAGAAGACUUCUGCUGCUCUGUCCACGGUGGGCUCUGCCAUCAGCAGGAAGCUCGGAGACAUGAGUGUCUCCACAGGAUUCACAGACACAUGUGUCUCUUCCUUGGGCUGGCGCCUCCCUGUCUGCCUUGGGUUAAGCAUGUCCCAUCCCCUGGCUUUGGGGGACCGAAGGGCCCACCCAUUCGCACACUCCUUUAGCAGCAGCUACUCCAUCCGCCACUCGAUAAGCAUGCCGGCCAUGAGGAACUCUGCAACCUUCAAGUCAUUUGAAGACCGAGUUGAGACCAUAAAGUCCAAGGUUGUGGGUAGCAGAGAGAAUGGCAGUGACAGCCUCUCUUCCCCAACGGGGAGUGGUGACCAGACCCUGCCGGAUCACACACCUUUCUAAGCCCGCAGUAGCUUCGCCCAGCCACGGACAGCGUGCAAGCACACCCUCCUCAUCAUAGCCAACCACAGCUCCGCGCAGUGCAGCUGCCAGCAAGGGCGACGGACAGCUGAUUUUGAGGACAGGCGUGCCCAUCACACGUCAACGUGGCUGCUGCAUUCACGAGUUAGAGAACACUCUCUUGUAUACAGACAUUUUACACUAAAGUUCACAGACGAAAAGGAUCACUGUGCCAUCCUUCCUAGGGGUGCAGGAAGUGGACAGGUAGGAGGGUCCAAAGGGGUGCUGGGCCCAAGCUCCCUUUGGGGACCUUGGUAGCUCAUCACAAUGUUGCAGGAAUGAAAGGGGUCAGAAGUGUAAAGUAAGCAGCAUUUUCUGACCCUUCCUCCUCCUCCUACUCCCACCCCCCCAACUCACGGAAGGAAAUAGCCACCCAGAAAACCUACCUGAUCUGCAGGUAAGGUUGAACAUGAAAACUGUCCAUUUUCUGAGACCCCCAGAAAGUAAACUGAUCAUCAGCAGCUGUCUGAUUGUCACACUAAUGGUCUAGCUUUAACAAAAGCAAAUUUAUUAUUUUUUAAGUGUAGUGGACUUUUCAAAUAUUAAAAUUAGGCACAGCAGCUUUAGCCUCAUAGUUAGAGAAUAUUAUUUCUUUGGACUCAAGCUGAAAUAUAAGCCUUACAUCGCCUUAUGCUUUGUUUAUAAUCUUUUUAUAUAUAAAAAUGAAGGUUCUUUAAUGAGUUUUCAGCACUAUGUAGAAUUUUACAUCUAGCCCGAGUGGCAGCCUGCCUGUACUAAUUGGUGUGUUUUAAUUCAUGAAUGCACUCUAUCCCAGUGUACAAAAUGUACUUCUCUCUGUGACUGUGGCAGCUUCCACUGGCUCCCCAACUUUGACCCAAAGGGCUCCUCGCCUCUGGGGGUGGGAGGUGCCAAGAGAAGGAAAAGCCUCUGUCUUUAGCUCCCUUGAAAAGAGAUGUACCCGCCCUUCACAGACUACCUUCACAUGGGCCUGGGUAUGCACUGGUGGCACUGGUCAGUGACUCCACUGUUCGCUGCACAUAGCACGAGAAGCAGAACCAACCUUGCAAGUUGGUGGGGGUGGAGCAUUGCAAUCAGCUGGAACUUGGGUGUCGCCUUUUCUCAGGUGCUACAGAGAUCGCUUUCCUGUUUUUAAACUGCCACACCUGGCAGCUCCUCUCACAUCAGGGCCCUGUGUGCUGGGAGGUGUGGUCUAUGGGGGCAGCUCUGUGCCUUCAUGGCUCUUAGCAGGGCACUGAGACCUUGCCUGCUGUGUGCAUGUCUGCACACUCCCUUGGGAAGGAGCCACUUGACUCAAGGUGUCUGGAUUGGUAAAAUGGGACAUGUCUUCGGACAACCAAAUGUCCCCAGACACUUCAGACACUUGGGGGGCUGCCCUCCACACACGAGCAGGAUGUAGGGACAGAGCACUGCUCGGGAUCCUUUUUCUGGGUUGAAACCUGUCAGUGGGGUGUAGUGAGAAGGCAGGUUGCAGGGUGGUAACAGGUGUAUCUUCUCCUUAUAGUCAAUAAUGGUAAUUUGUCAAUAAAGCAUUCCUUUGGGGAAAAAUCCUCUUCA